AUGAGCGUUGCAGCAGAGCUAACGGACCAGGGUCAUCGUCUGUUGCUCUCAAAUGGCAGAAAGCUCGCAUUGACUGUCUCGAAACGUCCAUCAGAUCAUGACCUGGUCGAGUCCAUGUAUGGUCCAGUGUAUGUGCUUCAUCCCGUCGCACAAGUCUAUGGAAGAGCCGUUCCAAGUCCCCCUGAAUGCAAAGAAGAGCUCGACUCAUCCCUGUAUCACCCGAAUCCCUGCGCAUUUUCCCGUUUGAGUGCCCGUCGUUUCGCCUCCCCGCUGUCUUGCAUUUUUCUCGCUUGCCAACCAACCACCAUCACCAUCACUUCCUCACCUCACAGCCGCUCUGUAUCUUCCGCAUGGACCAGGCGGAGGCAGUUCCCUGCGUUCCAGCCCUGUGGUAACUCCCAUGGGAAAUGGGUUUCCGGAGCGCCGGGCCUGCAAUGCCACGAUCGCAUUGGGCCCUUGGCCCGUCACGGAGAGAUGAGACGGCGAUCCCGACUCUGGUAUGAUGAUGAUGAUGAUGAUGAUGAUGAUGAUGAUGAUGAUGAUUACUGA